AUGGCCCUCGAUAACAUUGCAUCCCCCGUCUCCGACACACCUCCCUCGUAUGAUGCGAUUAAUACAUCCGUAUCAACAGAUUCCACUAGGUGUAAACGAUCAGUAUUUUCAUUCCUACAAUCCAAGCAAAAACACUGUCAAGCUCUAGUUCUAUCUCGCAUCCAUGAAAUCGUCUCCUCUCCUGAUCUCAACGUUUCCUCUGUUUUGUCGAUUAUCAAAUCCUGUGCCGCUGCUCUCCCAACAGCAGAGUUCUCCAACCUACUUCAAAAACGCAAUAUCGAGAGCCACACGGCGCUGUAUUGGGCGAUUGUAAACCACUGGCGAGAAGUCCUCUUGGAGUUUGUUAAAUUCAUUCCCAAAUUCUCACGUGCUUGCUCUGCCGACUUGCGUCUUGUGUGCGUGACAGCGAGCGACCACGAUUCGUUUAUGCUACUGAAUUUGGGGGACAAUUUCGAUUCCAAGGAUAAGUCUUUGAGACGCAUGCUGGGUUGUCCACGAGAUGAUAUCCAAGUCUAUGAAUGGGACACUGCGGAUCGCAGCAAAAACCAUUUCUAUGUUCAUAUCGUCUGCAGGAUGUUCCAGAAACGUUUGCGUAUUGCACGAAAAGUUGAAGUUGAAUUUGUUGCCCAGGGACGUAUUUGGGUGUUGCACUUUGAUAUGACACGGAAAGAAUACUGGUCUUUCGAGUAUCAUCUUUCCAAUGAUAGCUCGCCAGUGUAUCAUCAAGAUGCCAUAUUUGAGAUUGAGGCCCACAAACCGCUACCUGGCUCGGAUACCCUGCAACCUCUAUGCUUUUAUUCGGGUGAAUCGUGCACGUGCAAGCUUGUACCUGCCAAGUAA